AUGGCUGAGAGCGCAGUGUCGUUUCUUCUAAACCACCUGUCAGAGUGGAUCGGCCAUGAGAAGCAACUGAUCGGAAGUCUUGGCGAAAACGCCGAGUUCAUACGAGACGAGAUGGGCCGUAUGAGGGCCUUCGUAAGGAUGGCAGAUGAAAAGCAAGAAGUCGACCCCUUGCUCAAGGAAUGGCUCAACCAAGUUCGUGACAUUGCGUAUGACGCCGAAGAUGUUUUGGACAAGUUCGUGCUCCGAUUUCCAAGCCGCCGGAGAGAUGGGUUUUCCGGCCGCAUCACACAGAUCUACGCCUCGGUCAAGAAUCUGAAAACCCGCCGCCGACUUGCUUCCGAAAUGCAUGCAAUUCGGUCGCGCGUGAGCCGCGUUUUGGAAGGUCAGCAGAGAUAUAGAGACAUCUAUGGCGGUGCCUCGGGUCGAGAAUACGUCCGCGACGAAACAGCGUUGUGGUACGACGGCCGAGGCGAUGCGCUGCUGUUGGAAGAAGCAGAAGUUGUGGGCAUCGAAAAGCCAAAGAAGCAACUAAUCGAGUGGCUUUCUUCGACCGGCCGUACUCGCGGGGGGCUCAAGGUGAUUUCAGUUGUGGGAACCGGAGGUUUGGGUAAAACAACCUUGGUCAGAAAGGUGUACGAAGACGACGCGUCGGUGAAGACGCUCUUCAGCUGUCACGUGUGGAUGAACGUUUCGAGCUCGUUCAAGCUCGACGUGUUUCUGAGAACCAUGAUCCGGAGGCUUGUCGGUGAAGUCAAGCAACCACCUCCGCAGGGACUAGAAACCAUGGACGCCGAUGAAAUGAAAGAAUUCGUUUACAAGUUUCUUCAGAGUAGAAGUUACAUUAUUGUUCUAGACGAUAUCUGGAGGCUCGACGCGUGGGAAGCCAUCAGAUACGCGUUUCCGAGAAGCGGAACACGCGGCUCCAUCAUCAUCAUCACCACACGGUUUCAGAGCAUAAGCCACACUGCUAGUAUCGAAAGCAACGGACACGUCUACAGUAUGGAACCUCUGUCCCAAGAAGAAUCAAAGACGUUGUUUUGUAGAAAGGCCUUCUUGGGGAGCUCCUGCCCCAGUUACUUGGAGGAGAUUGCCGGAAUUAUAUUGAACAAAUGCGAAGGUUUACCGCUCGCCAUUGUAGUUAUCGGCAGCCUCUUAGCUACCAAGAACAACAACAUCGAGGAGUGGAGGAAGUUCCAUCGAAGCCUUGGUGACGAGUUAGAAGGCAACCAUCUACGGGGGAUGACAAGAUUACUCUCCCUCAGCUACUACGACUUGCCUUACUAUCUGAAAUCUUGUUUCUUGUACUUGAGCAUCUUCCCGGGGGAUCGCAGUGUUUAUAUGCUGAGGCUGAUUCGUCUUUGGAUAUCUGAAGGGUUCAUACAGCCAAAGGAAGGGAAAACAUUGGAAGAAGUUGCGGAGGACUACGUGAAAGAGCUCUUCAACAGAAGCCUAAUCCAAUUAGAAGAGACACCAAACUACGACAGGUCGAUCAGAGUUCGAGUUCACGACCUUUUGCAUACAAUGAUCAUAUCCAAGUCUAGAGAACAGGGCUUCGUAACCAUAGCCAACAGCAGCCAAGACACGCAGUGGCCAGCUAAUAAGAUCCGACGCGUAGCGAUUCAUGGUUCGAUAGAGGAUAUGGCAGGCAUCAAAGGCUGUCAGCAUCUCCGGUCCGUGCUAGUAUUGGACAAUGUUAAUACGCUAACUGCGAUUACUUUAUCUGAUUUUCUACGCAAUCUUUCUAAGCUACUAAAAGUAUUGGAACUAAGAGGCACUUUGUCAUCAGGGAAAAUCCCGGAUGAAGUUUUCAAAUUCUAUCACCUCAAGUACCUCGGCUUGAAGUACUCGAAGGUGAAAUCGAUCCCGAGAUUAAUCGGAAAGCUCGAGAAUCUGGAGACGUUAGACCUCAGGAAUACGCAAGUGACAGAAUUGCCGGUCGAAAUUCUAAAGCUCGGGCGACUUCGACACCUCAUGGUCUAUAACCUGUACAUAAGAAACAGGGGCUACCACCCCUUUGACGAUGUACACAGCUGCAGAAUCCCAUACAGAAUAGGUUCCCUUUCGUCCCUACAAACACUUUCAGACAUUGAUGCUACUCGAGCCGACGUCGACACCACAGUUGUGAAGGAGAUUGGCAAGCUAACGCAGUUGAAAGAACUAGGGGUUAUGAAGCUGAGACAAGAAGAUGGGAAGGAUCUAUGCACCUCACUCGCGAAGCUCACGCGCCUCGAGACGCUGCAUAUAGCUUCAAGCCAAGAAGACGAAGUCCUGGAUUUGCUGGAUCCUGUAUCCCCGACUCCACCAAUCAGAUCGUUGGAACUGAGAGGGCGUUUGCUGCUGUUAUGGAUUGCUAUGAUAAAUAAAAUAAUUGAAGAUAAAAGGGCAAAAUCUGCAUUCAAGCUCCAAAAGAUCGAAAACAACGAUGAUGAUCCACUGGAACAUCUUCAGAAUUUGCCCAAUUUGAUGUAUCUCGAACUCAGCCAUGCCUAUCAGGGAGAUGGGAUCUGCUUUAAAGCGGCAGGGUUUCAAAGGCUGAAGAAAUUGUGGCUUAUAAGAUUGGAGGGUUUGGAAUCGGUGAAAGUGGAGGAGGGUUCGAUGCCCGUUCUCCGGGAGCUGUAUAUUUGGGGAUGCAAGUUGGUGGGUGAGGCUCCGUCGGGGAUUGAGCACUUGUCGGAUCUUCAGUACGUCGAUUUUUCAGACAUGUCCGAUGGAUUUGUGGCGAAACUUGAAAAGCAGAAAGAAGAAGAAGAAGCGGGUAACUGGAAGUUGGCACACAUCCCUAAAAUCGAGAUAUACACUUUAACCGGCGGCGAUUGGCGAGGUCGAUCCUUGUAG